AUGCAUCGUACGUCAAGGCAACAGAAUCCUGUCUCCAGCAGGUCAACCAGAGUAAGUUAUAUUAAAUUGUUGUGUUAUUGUUUAGGAAUUACACUUUAUAAGUUCAAUAGAAAAGAAGCUAGAAGAACCCACAACUCUUCAUGUAAAUUAAAUUUCUGUAAAGUUUUUAACAGAAAACAUAUUACAUUGACAUCGUUUAGGACAUGCAUUCAAGACCAAUAAAGCCACCAGAAAGACCAUUGGUCCCGUACAUGAGGUUCAGUAGAAAGAUGUGGUCCAAAGUCAAGGCCGAGAACCCAGAAGUGCAAUUACUUGACAUUGGUAAGAUUAUUGGCCAGAUGUGGAGGGAAGCUCCAGACUCGGAGAAGGCCCAGUUCCAACAAGAGUACGAGAUGGACAAGAUUGAGUACGAACGUCAACUCAAGAGCUACCAGCAAGCAAUGACUAACCAGCAUGUAGCUGCAUCACGAAGUCGAGUUGCUGGAUUCACAAACAACAGUGCAGCAGCCAUUCAACCGGUCGAUGAUGAAGAUCCAUUUGAAAUGACGAGGAAGCGAGUAGCUGGAAUACGAUACGAUAGGGACAACCGGUUGAUGAGUGAAGUGUUCUCAUCAGCAGCGCUGCCUGAUACUCGAACGCUGGUCGCUCAAUCCAGAAUCGACCAGCUAAAGAGACAAGCUGGUUCUUUGUCUGCACAUCAGGUAAGAAGCAAAUUUGAUAUGUGCUGGAUGAGAUAUGUAUUUUGUAUAAGUUAACAUUACUCAAUAUUGUUGUCUUUGUCUAUUUCUUCUGCCUUAAAUCUUCUCUUAUUAAGGUACGUUUAUUGCAGAACAAACUGAAUGACGAGCUAGCAAAACUUGAAGAAGCAUUCCAAAGCCGCAAAAAGAGCUUAGAAGAGCAUAGCCAAAAGUUCAACGAAGAGAUGAAGAAGAUCAAAAACGACAAACCCGAGUUCAACGAACAAAAGUAUCGAGAGUACGUUGGCUUGUGGACAGAGUAUUAUCUCGAAGAGUUCAAGAAACAGAAGACAGAGGGAUCAGAGGAAACAGAGAAGAUGGAAGUAGAUGAAGAAAAGGCUAAAGAAGAGGAGGAAAAGAAGACCGAAGAACCAAAAGAAGAAGAAUGUGAGCAGAAUUCUGAAGAUUCUCAAGAAAAGAGUGGUGACGAAAACUCACAAAAUUCGGAAAGUCAACCUUAA